UUUUUUUACCUUUCUAUCUCUUUUUAUUGAACAGCGUAUCUAAAGCAUGACAUCUAUUACAACAGCAGAAACAGUAGAGUUAAAGGAAUUGAAUCUUGGCAUGUCCCAAGCUGUCAAAGACUGUAUCAGUGGUACUGUGGGAGGUAUUGCUCAGGUUCUUGUUGGUCAGCCUAGACCCUUUUCCCUGGAUUUUAAUUUUAACACUUUCAAUAUAGCGUCUACAAACUCAAUCUGCCACAAAUCCUUAUACAAUGGCAUGUUGGAUUGCGUUAAGAAAACGAGAGCCAAGGAAGGUAUUGCAGGCUUUUAUAAGGGCACCAUGACACCUCUCGUUGGUAUCGGUGCCUGUGUUUCUAUCCAAUUUGUAGUCUUAGAGGCCAUGAAGCGUCAUUUUGCCAGUGUCAAUGAAAAGGGACAACUUCUCAGUAAUUCUCAGCUUUACUUAGCAGGUGCAGCUUCUGGUUUUGCCAACUCCUUCGUCUCUGGCCCUGUUGAACACAUUCGUACCCGUCUUCAAGUUCAAACUGGCACAGGCUAUGCAGGUCCCAUUGACUGUAUCAAGCAAAUUUAUCGCUCUCAUGGUUUAACAGGCAUUUAUAAAGGUCAAGGUAUCACUAUGGCUCGUGAAUUCCAAGGUUAUGGUGCUUAUUUCCUGGCUUAUGAAUAUUUGGUUCAGCAAGCAAUGCAAAGAGCCAAUUUGCAACAAAGAUCAGACUUGCCUACUUGGCAAGUAUGUGCUUUUGGUGCUGCUGCUGGCUACGCCAUGUGGUUUACUAUUUAUCCUAUGGAUGUUAUCAAAUCUAAAUUACAAACAGAUGGCUUCACACCAGAAACCAAACAAUAUCGAUCCGUGUUGCAUUGUGCCAAAAAGACUUUAGCCAAGGAAGGUGUCAGCGGUUUCUUCAGAGGUAUUGGACCUUGUUUGUUGCGUGCUGCACCAGUGAAUGCUGUUACUUUUAUGGGGUAUGUUUAAAUUGUGAAUGCUCUACGUUGAGAAUACCUGUUAACUGUUUCUUUUUUCCCAUUCUUCACUUUGUAGCUUCGAAAUGGCUAUGCGUGUGUUAUCAUAGACCAAUUAUAAUAUAGAUACUGUAUACACAAGACUCGCUUAUUCACCUCAAGUCUCAUACCUUCUAUUCCUUCAUCGUACUUACCUGACUAUGUAAAUUAAACUUAUUUAAUAAAACAAAAUCGUUCGUUAUUUAUUUCUUAACCCU